GCAUAGUGCAGCGAAGCAGACCCCUAACUUUGUGUCAAACUUCUACAUCUCUGACGAAGGCAACAGGAUCAUUGUGAUUUUAACCUGAACGGAAACAAUUGUUUUGAAGCAAUAUACAUAACGGUGUUUCUGCAUUUUUACACUGAAGGGUCUUGAGAAACAAAAAGGGAAAAACGCUUAGGAUUGUGUUAAUGCCAUCCAAUGGUUGACGGUAAGAGGAGAAAAGGAGCAGCGUGGCGUGCAGUGGAAUUCCAAGCACCAUAGCACCGCGGUUGUAGCCAGUUGGAGUGAGAUGAGAACCCAGUGGAGUAGCAGACAGACAGAGUCUAGCUGUAGGGGCAGUAUGAAGGCCUGAACACUGAGCAUCCGGCUCCACAGUCAGCCUAGCCAUGCCCUGCUGCUGACUGCCCUGGUGACCAGCUCUGGCCUUGGCACCAUGACCAGUCUGAAGCGCCCACCCAUGGAGCGCAUCGUGGGGGGCUCUAUCCCUGCCAUCGACGAGUUCUACACCCGCCACCUCCGCCUGGCCAACGGAGGGGCACCCCCAGCACGCACAGACAGCGCCCACCCUCCAGGGGGCCCGGGGGUGCCUAAAAUGGGGGUGCGGGCACGGGUUGCCGAAUGGCCCCCGAGGAAGGACCUGGGAGCUCUCUGGCAAGUUACCACGGAGCCAGAGUCCCCAGGCCUGGCCGGAGGGGGGCAGAGCCACCUGAAACUAGGUCACCUGAUGAGCCCCCAGGACUCCUCCAUGCUCCGCAACAUCCACAACACACUGAAGAGUAAAACCCAGGGGGCCAGCUACAGCCCAGACAGCCGUUACCUGUCCCCCACAGACUACAGAGUCCCCUCCCACAGGAACACCCGCCGCAUACGCCAGCGCAGCAACAGUGACAUCACCAUCAGUGAGCUGGACGGUGGCGGGGACAGUGGGGAGGACUGGGGCCCUUCAGGGGCCAAGUGGUCCCCACUACACAGAGAAUAUGGCAGCACCUCCUCUAUAGACCAGCAUGGGGCGUCAGGGGAGAGCUUCUUUGAGAUGCUGAAGGGCUACCACGGGGACAAGCCUGACCAGCGCAGCCCUGCCCCAGACAGACUAGAGGACCUGCUGACUGCUGGACUCAAGCAGGCCUCCAUAGAACUACAUGAGGAGACAAGUGAGAGCCAGGCAUCCAACAGAGUCAAGGAGAGAGAAAAGCCCACAAAGAGACGCUCCAAGUCAGAGACAGGGGGAGAGUCUAUAUUCCGUAAACUACGCAGCGUGAGAGGGGAGUCACCGCGGGCCGGGUCUGAUGCUGAGGACGGUCGGUCAGAGGACUGGGUAACCCCCCUCAAACCCUGGGUGUGCCAGAGGGGCUUCUCCCACUACGACGUGCAGAGCAUGAUGUUUGACCUGAAUGAUGUGAUCCAGAGCAGGCAGACGGCGUCGGGGAAGAGGAAGAACACCACCACGGGGGCGUCUGCUGCAGCUGCAGCCUCCAACACCUCCACCUUGUCUUCCACCCAGAGCCUGGCCUACAGCUCCCCCGCUGGCAGCCAGGAGGAGCUCAGUGCCGGGGCCAGGGACAGCCCCAGCAUGGACACUGGGGACGAGCAGAGCAACGAGAUGCUCCUCAGCUGCCCCUGCUUCCGCAAUGAGAUUGGGGCCAACGGAAGGCGCACGGCGGGGGCCGGGCCCCCCAAACAGGGGAGUGGGGGCUCGGGGACCCUGGGAAGCGAGGGCAAUCUGUUUGAGUCGUCCCUCAGCUCCCACUGCACUAAUGCUGGGGUGGCGGUGCUGGAGGGGCCGAAGGACAGCCCCAGUGCCCUCAGUGACAGAGGCAAACACUACAUCGUAGAGCAUGUGGACCUGGGAGCCUACUACUACAGGAAGUUCUUCUACCUUAGAGAGCACUGGAACUACUUUGGGAUGGACGAGGCUCUGGGUCCAGUAGCUGUGAGUGUGCGCAGGGAGAAGCAGGAGGAGCAAAAGGAACACGGCCAGCAGUACAACUACCGGGUCAUCUUCAGAACCUCAGAGUUGACCACACUCCGGGGGUCUAUUCUGGAGGACGCGGUGCCCUCGUCCUCUAAGCAUGGCACUACCCGAGGGCUGCCCCUGAAGGAGGUGUUGGAGCACCUGCUUCCAGAGCUGGAUGUGCCCUGCCUCCGCCUGGCCCUGAACACGCCCAAGGUCACAGAACAGCUGAUGAAACUGGAUGAGCAGGGGCUGAGUUUCCAGGUGAAGGUGGGGGUGAUGUACUGCAGGGCGGGGCAGAGCAGUGAGGAGGAGAUGUACAACAAUGAGAAGGCGGGCCCUGCCCUGGAGGAGUUCCUACAGCUGCUGGGGGAGAGGGUCCGCCUCCAGGGCUUCACCAAGUACCGCGCCCAGCUCGACACCAAGACUGAUUCCACUGGCACCCACUCCCUGUACACGGCCUACAGGGACUAUGAGAUUAUGUUCCACGUGUCUACCAUGCUGCCCUACACACCCAACAACAAACAACAGUUGCUGAGGAAGAGACACAUUGGGAAUGACAUCGUUACCAUAGUGUUCCAGGAGCCGGGAGCGCUCCCUUUCACCCCCAAGACCAUCCGCUCCCACUUCCAACACGUGUUCAUCAUCGUCCGUGUGCACAGCCCCUGCUCCGACAAUACCUGCUACAGCGUGGCUGUGACUCGUUCCCAGGACGUGCCCUCCUUCGGCCCUCCUAUCCCCAAGGGUGUGACCUUCCCCAAGUCCACUGUCUUCAGGGACUUCCUGCUGGCCAAGGUCAUCAACGCAGAGAACGCUGCCCACAAGUCUGAGAAGUUUGGUGCCAUGGCGACACGCACGCGACAGGAGUACCUGCGGGACCUGGCAGAGCGUCACGUGACCAGCACGCCGGUGGAGCCCACGGGGAAAUUCCCCUUCAUCUCAUUGGCUCACAAGCGGAGAGAGAGGGUGCGGCCGUACAGCGGGGCGGAGCUAAGGAGCCUAGGUGCAGUGACAUGGCCAGUGUAUGCGGAGGACCAGGUAGCCGGGGCGGAGAGGGAGUGUCUACUGGCAAUCUCCAACGAUUUCCUCAUCCUGUUGGAUCAGGAGGCUAAGGCUGUGGUCUUUAACUGUGCCACGCGUGACGUCAUUGGCUGGUCCUCGGGCAGCCCCGCCUCCAUGAAGAUCUACUAUGAGCGUGGGGAGAGCGUGUCGCUGCGCUCCAUCAACAACAACACGGAGGACUUUGGAGAGGUGGUCAAACGCCUGGAGCUCCUGACGAAGGGCAGCCAGACCACAGAGAUGACCCUGAGGAGGAACGGCCUGGGCCAGCUGGGCUUCCAUGUAAACUUUGAAGGCAUCGUGGCAGAGGUAGAGCCCUACGGGUACGCCUGGCAGGCCGGGCUGCGCCAGGGCAGCAGGCUGGUAGAGAUCUGUAAGGUGGCCGUGGCAUCGCUGUCCCACGAGCAGAUGAUCGAUCUGCUGAGGACCUCCGUCACCGUCAAGGUGGUCAUCAUACCCCCGCACGAGGACUCCACCCCUCGCAGAGGCUGUUCAGAGCUGUACCACAUGCCCCUGGUGGACUAUAAGAACCACAAGGAGGGGAUGCCCUAUGAGUUUAAAUUCCCCUUCCGCAGCAACAACAAGUGGCCCCGCACCUCCUCCAGCCCCCAGAGCCGCACCACAGGGGCCCUGGGGGGGACGCUCAUCAAGGCCCCGGCUUCAGGCUACCAGGACCCGGCUGGAGUCAUCCCCCGCAGUGUGUCCAACGACGGGCGCCCUCUCAACCCCAAAAGGUAUUCCCCAGGGAAUGAUAACUAUGCCCUGGCCUGUUCCAUCGUGAUGGGCCGCUCUCCACACACCCGCAACACUCCUACCAGCCUCUCCUACACAGACACCGGUAGUGCGGGCUCUAACCACUGGAGACAGAAGUCCAUGCCAGACGGGUUUAACAACAAUAACCGCCUCUCCCCUGUGUCUGCUGAGCAUCAGGGAGUGGGAGAGGGGUCUAACGGGGCUAAGCCUGCCACCGGAUGGCCACGAGCGGUGGAAGGGGAGGUGGCCGACAGGGGGGCUGAAAGAGCUACAACAGACCCAGCUGUAUCCAAGGCUGCAGUAUCUUGUCUCCAGCAGCAGGAACAGGGGAUACACCUGUCUCCCAACAAGAACAUCAAGGUGGAAGCUUCCUACUCCUCCAGCCAAUCAGGCAGCAACACACUGUCCAGUAAUGCCUCCAGCUCUGCCCACAGUGAUGAAAAGUGGUAUGAGAUUGGCUCCAGCAGGACAGGGGUGCGGCCUGACUCAGAGCUCAACGGCUACCUGCAGGGGGCAUCCACAGACAGCGGCAUCGAUGCUACCUCCUACGGGGCCACAGGGUCCGGGGGCUCCAGAGCCAAAGAGCGGCGGGCCCCAGAGACCUCUCCUUCAGCCCCAGACUCUCCCGGCCACCCAGGGAGCAGCUUGUACCCAGCCCAGAGCCCCCUUGUGUUCCCCCCAGCCCCGGACAGUGGCUCCUACACCCUCAGUGAUGCUGCAUCCCACUCCAGUACUCUGAGCUCAGGUCACUCUGGCAGUCCCAUGGUUCCAGGCUGCAGCCCCAGCUGCUCCCAGGAGGAGUCAGCCGUUGCCACCUCCCCCACCUCUCAGACCUCCCUCUCCCCUGUAGGCCCCAAGAGCUUCUACCCCCGCCAGGGAGCCACCUCCAAGUACCUGAUCGGCUGGAGGAAGCCGGGAGGUACCAUCAACUCUGUGGACUUUGGCAAAACACGCAAACGUCACCAGAGUGAUGGGUUGCUGGGUGGCCAGCCUCAGCUCAGGGCUCAGCUUAGGGCCCAAUCCCCCCAGCGGGUCACAAAGUCCAGCCUGCAGGAGGACCUGAAGAAACUCAUCACCCUGGACAGCCCCCCACCCUCCUCCCACGACCAAAAGCCCUCUUUCCCCGUCCCCCCUCCCAGCCGGCGGUCCCUGCAGAGGACCCUGUCAGACGAGAGCAUCUACAGCGGGCAGCGGGAGCCCUCGUACAGCGGGCACAGAGAGACGCCCAACAACCUGCUCUUCAGCUGCUCCACCAUACCCCGCUCGCCCACCGCCCGCCACGUGCCACCCCGACAACCCUCUUACAAGUCUCUGGGUGACCUGUGUGAGUCGUCCAGCCAGGACCAGGGGGGUAGGAGACAGCAGCUGGGGGACCCAGGCCUCAUGCCCCUGCCUAACUCUGGAGCUGACCGUGCUCUGGACUGGUCCAACCUGGUGGAUGCUGCCAAGGCCUUUGAGGGUAGGCAAAUUCAUAGACUGUUAUCUGUUAAUGAUGGGAGCUCCAGCCCAGAGGUCACAGCCACCAGCCCCCAGCAGGCCGAACCCCAGGCUGCCCCACAGAGAAACACUUUGCCUGGUGAGAGCCCAGCUUGUCUGAUGGGGAAGGUAAGCCAGCUGGAGUCCAUGGUGAAACUGCUGAAGGAUGACCUAAAGAAGGAGAAGGAUGCCAAGGUGUCCCUGCAGGCCCAGAUACAGAGCCUGAGAGAGGACAACCAGCGGCUCCAGGAGGAGUCCUACAGCGCCUCAGCCAAGCUCAAGAAGUUCACAGAGUGGGUCUUCAACACCAUUGACAUGAACUGACUAUCCAUGUGCUAUAGACAGGAACAGCUGAACACGUGUGACCACAACACACUCAAACUUGAACGGAUUCACACUAUGGGUGCUCAGAACCACAGGACUUGCUUCUUUGAUUCCUUCAUUAGAACUGCUAUUCUUCUGUUGACAUGGACCGAUUCACAGUGGAUGUAAAUGCUGUAUGAUCAACAUGAACUGAUCUGCCAUUAUUCUUCAACAAAUUGGAUCUGUAAAUGGAGGAGAUAGAGGGAGAGAGACUGAGAGAUGAUCAGCAUGCAAUCCUUUCUUUAGGAUUUGCUGGCACUGUACUGUAGUGUCCCUGCAUGUCUGACAGAGAUGUAUUAACCUCCCUGGGCUAUGAUGUGGAACCUCCCCAUGUUGACCUUGUCCUUCAGAUCCUGCUCCUUCAUACUGUACUCCUCUCCACAGUGGAACCAACUGUCCACUGUAGGACAGUCUUGUGUUAUUUAAGAAAGUCCCAGAAAAUAACAGUUCAGAAAUGUGUGUUGCAUUCAGUUCCAUUCAUAGUUCAAGUUAGAGGAGUAGCUGCCUGUGCGUUAGCUAGACACACAUACAUAUGCAGAUACACACAUAUACCCAGUCUCUGAGUUUGUUAACAGGUUCACAGCACGUUACAAGAUUUCGAAAGACCAAGUUGCAUAUUGAAGAUAUGAGUGAUCAGCUGUUAUUUUGUUGUUUAUGGAAAAACAUGAUGGGGCUGUCACUUGUCCCCUAGAAUUUAACGUGGCCCUUUCGGUACUAGAAAGGUACACACAGGCAGUCUAUUGGCGUGUGUAUUGUGUAUUGGAUAUAGUUUAAUAUUACAAUGCAUCUCUGUGAUGCUUCUCCCAUUGAGCCUCUAUAAGGGAAUGUAAAACAUGUUGCAGGGGGUUGAGUAUACCUCACACAGUACUGUACAUGACUACAGCUAGUUAACUGAUGAAAAGAUCUUCACUUGCCAUGUAAAAAUAUACAAAUUAAAUAAUAUGGGUGCCAUUAUCUACUAAAGCUGUUCAACAAUUUAUUUUGUAAAUAUAUAUAAACAGAAAUGUUACCACUGCAAAACACCUGAUAUUGUUUUACCACUUCCCCACGUCUCUUUAUGGAUUGGCCUCAUUUCAGGAGGGUAAAAUGGGUUUACUGGAUGCAGUUGUUCCAGAUUGUACUAUUGGUUAUUGUAUAAAAACAACUGGGCUGACUGGGUGGUUGGGUGGAUGGCUGGAAGACCAGGGUUACUGUUCAAUUAACUUCUAACUGAUGAUUCUACAUGAUCUAGUUUAUUAUCCUACGAGAUUAUUAGUGUGGUCCCAUCCUCGCCUGCCUGCUGUAUUGGAUCCACAGUGCCACCUAGUGAUGAUAAUAUGUCUUGUUACAUGGAAAUACGUACUAUACUUGAUCCUGAUCCACAGCAUGUUACAAGGCCCCUGGUGCCACAUGUAUUUCAUCCUGUUCUACUCUCUGUAGAUGAAAUCGGUACUGUAUGUCAUGACAUACAAAGAUUUUAUGUAAAUCCUGAAAUGCCAGCUACAGUCAUCUAAGUCUAUUAGUAAGGAACUUGGCAGACCCUCCAUGUCUACAGUCAAUUGUACUAUUAAAACCCCCAAGCUUCCCCUUAUGUUCUUAUUCUGUACAACCUGUAUAUAUAUCAAAGGAUUCUGACGCUCAUCAUAAUUUGCACCUUCCUUCUUGACAUGUUUUACAGCAUGUGAUGAUGUUUCCUUUGAGCUGUGAUGUGUAAAAAUGUUUAUAUCUAUUAAAGAUAUUUUGUUCAAUUGUA